CGAUAGUUUCACUCACAUUUAACUAGUGUUUUGCCUAUGUUUUAUGUAUAAAAUGCCUUGAUAUUCUUUGUUUUAUGUUUUGAAGGCACCUUUAGAUGAAAGAUGCAAAAAGAAGUAAAUUGGAGGUAAUUGGCAGAUUUGACCCUCAGUCGAUGUUUUGUGCAGAGCAUGAGUUCUAAAAGUCGAAACGAAGUGAUUCCAGUGGCAUUAGAAAGCUAACAUCCAUACCUUUCUGGAAAUCUAAGUCAAGAAAAAUAAAAAUACAAAGAGCAUGGAAAUCACAUCCUUCAAAGUCAAAACUCGCAUUCUGCCAGUGUUGACCUUUGUCCAUUCAAAAUUCAAUAUCUGGAGCUGUAGAUAUCCAAUUGAUGCAAACUAAAUUGUUUUGGAUUCCUGACUCACAUGCCUACAAACGCUCCAAAUUUCAGCCACAAACAAUGUCAUAUGAGGGAGAUAUGAUUUUGCAAAGAUGACAACUGAAUUCUGCCAGCAAACAGGUUUCAUGAAGAAACGAGUCCAAAUUACAUCCCGAAGCAUCAAAACCGACAUCCAAGUUUUAAUUUCAGCAAUUUAGCUCCUCAAGUAAAUCAAUCCAGAAGGUCAAGGAAGGCAGCCACCAACCUCAAGCCACCAACCUCAAACCACCAACCACAAACCAGCUGCCAGCCACCAGCCACCAGCCGCCUUCACACUACCACCAUCUCUUGAUGUUCACACUUGAACUUUGAAUUUUUUUACUUACAAUUUGUGUAUAAAUAGGCAGCUAAGUUCAUGAUAUUAAGAGAGCCAAGAGAGAGGGAGAGGGAGUGCAGUAGAAUCAAGGAAAGAGGGGUGGCAGCCAUAAGAGAAGAAACACAAACUCUCCCCUCUACAAAUCAGAAAUCAUGUAUUCUUUCAUCUUUAGGAGUAGUUUUUCAAUAGAUAUGCAAGGCUAAGCUCGUUUUCUUGGUUGUAAGGACGCAAACACCUUCAGAUUUCAAGAACUGUGAGAUUUAUUCUUCCAUUUAUUUUUGGUUUGUAUUAUGAAUGAGUAUGUUUGUUUUCCUAUGCAUAUUUCGUAUGAUUGUUUAUCUUAAUUGCUAGAGCGGACUCUAAGUUAUUAUUGUGAACAAUCUAUUGCUAAGUUUGAUAUCAAAACCGGAGUUGUGAUAUAUAAACUUGUGAAGCAACUAAGCUUGGUAAUUGUAGCGGAACUACGUUAUUAAACUUAGGGAGAACAUUCGAUCAAAGCAACACAAGCUGACAACUUGGUUGUUAAGAUUAAUGAAUUUAUCUAGAUCUUAAGGCUGCCAUUGAAUUAAAUCAUUAGUGCGGACACUGUGAUUAUUUGUUGGUUAGGGUUAGUUAUACGGCGGAUCCGUUAAUUAACCAAUGUUAAGAAAAGAUAAAAAAUUCAGAAUAUAAGCUGAAGUUUCGUUUCAAGGAUCGGUUCUGAUUUCUGUAGGUGGAUGUGUGCUUGCAACCAAGGUUUGUUUUCUUGAUAUAUUUCAGUUUUAAUUGAUUUUGUUUGUUAGUUUAAUUUCUACCAUAGUUUAAGAUCAUUGCAAAUCAAACCCCCCCAAUUACAUAACGUAUAGCAUAAAAAUCUGAACUAAACCUUCCUCGUGGGAUCGACCCCUUGCUUGCUCUAUACUAUCUUAUGUGUUUUAAGCUAGGGUAAUUAAUUUGUGCGACCGCGACAUCGCAACAAAUUUUGGCGCCGUUGCCGGGGAAGUAAUUUUAGUUAAUUCUUGUGCUGUUAUUUUUAUUUGCUGUGAUUGUUAUUUAUUUUUCUAAAAAAAAAAAAGAGAUAGAAUUUUUGCUUGCGGCGGUACUGUUCACUUACGGCAGCGGUACUGUUCAAAACAGAUUUUUUGGUGGAAUUAGGUAUCGGCCUUUUGUUUCCUGAAGGGAAACAACGUUCUGAACAGGACUAGUGGUGUACCACUAACCUCACCUUAUCGAGGCCAAAUUCUACUGUUUUCUAGGGUUUUUUAGGCAGUUUUAGUUUUCUACCGUAAGAUUUUCGUACAAUUUGCAUUGUUUUCAAUCUCUUGUGUGAUUGGUUUAUUUUGAGUUUUCUUGAAGAUUUAUGCCUGUAACCCGUUCUACUAAUCAAAUUCAAGUGCAGUUGGAUCUCGAAAUAGAAAACACUUUACGCAGGUUACGAAAGGAAGCUCGCCUCAACACCAUGGCUGUUGCACAACAACAAACACUCAAGGAGCUUGCUGCUCCUAACGUGGAAAAUCAGCCACUGUGCAUAAACGUCGACAAUAAUGUAAACUUUGAGCUCAAAUCUGGUUUUAUACAUUUGCUACCAACAUUCAAUGGUCUUGCAGGAGAAGAUCCUCAUACUCAUCUCAAGGAGUUCCAUAUGGUUUGCAUUGGCAUGAAACCGAAUGGAGUUGACGAAGAACAGGUUAAGUUGAAAGCUUUCCCUUUCUCUUUAAAAGGGGCAGCAAAGACAUGGCUUUUCUCUAUUCUCCCAGGAUCUAUUGGAACUUGGAAUGCCAUGAAGAAGAUUUUCCUUGAGAAGUAUUUCCCAGCAUCUCGAGUUGCCAACAUAAGGAAAGAAAUAUGUGGGAUUCGGCAAUCUCAUGGAGAGACACUCUCUGAAUAUUGGGAAAGAUUUGAGCAACUCUGCAUUCAAUGUCCUCAUCAUCAAAUACCUGACCAGCUACUCAUUCAAUAUUUCUAUGAAGGAUUGAUGCCUACUGACCGUAGUAUCAUUGAUGCUGCAAGUGGAGGGGCAUUGGUAGAUAAGACACCCGAGGCUGCACGCCAAUUGAUCUCAAACAUGGCAGCCAACUCGAAACAGUUUGGCACUCGUGGAGAUUUCUCAAACAAACAAGUAAAUGAGGUAAGUGUUUCUAACCUUGAAAAUAAAGUUAAUGAUCUUACUUCUCUUGUGCGUUCUUUGGCUUGUGGAAAUGUACAGCAGGUAAAAGUUUGUAGCAUAUGUUCCUUACAAGGACAUGCCUCAGAUAUGUGCCCAACAAUGCAAGAAGAUUACAUUGAACAGGCUAAUACAGUUGAUGGAGCAUUCAAUGGACAACCCCAGCGUAAAUAUGAUCCCUUUUCCAACACGUACAAUCCUGGAUGGAGAGAUCAUCCCAACUUACGCUAUGGGAACCCACCUCAACAAAGCAAUCAAGGACGACAGUUCCAUCCCCAUGGAUUUCAAUCCCAACAGAAUUAUCAAGCAAGACAACCCCCUCCUCCAUUCACAAACUCCAAUGUUAUGUGGUCGUCAUCCAAUGAUGAUCUUCGUGAGAUGAUGAAAACUUUGGCUUCUAACACUGUGACCUUACAACAAAAUGUCAUGUCUUUUCAACAGGAAACAAGGUCAAGUAUUCACAACUUGGAAAAGCAAAUGGGGCAAGUAGCUUCAAGUGUGGGGAAAUUGGAAGCACAAAUGAAUGGAAAAUUGCCCUCCCAAGCAUUGAAUCCAUUAGAGAAUGUUAGUGCGAUCAUGCUGCGAAGUGGAAAAGAACUUAAAGAACAAAGGUCGAAACAAAUUGAGAUGGAGGAAGAAGAAAAGAUAGAAACCGAAUUGAGUACAAAGAAGAAACAUCCUCCUCCUCCACAAACUGAAACAAUGACCAUUACUCCAAAGGUAAUUCCUCAAUCAAUGAAUUCCAGUUUUAAAACAAUUCCACCCUUUCCUGUAAGUUCUUUUAGGUCAAAGAAAGAAGACAAAGAAAAAGAGAUUUUAGAGGUUUUCAAGAAAGUGAAACUCAACAUUCCUUUGCUUGAUGCUAUCAAGCAAAUUCCGAAGUAUGCCAAAUUCUUGAAAGAGUUGUGUACUACCAAGAGAGCUUUCAAACUAAAAGGUCACGAAACGGUAAGUAUGGGUGAAGUUGUAUCUGCUGUUGUUCUAAAGAAUAUGCCUUUGAAGCAAAAGGACCCAGGUGCGUUUACUAUCCCAUGUGUUAUUGGUAAUGCUAGUAGUUUCAAAAGGGCCUUGUGCGAUUUAGGUGCAUCCAUUAGUGUUAUGCCUACACAUGUUUAUGAUUCUCUUAGUCUUGAACCUUUGAAUAAAACUAGCAUUGUAAUACAACUUGCGGAUCGUAGUUUUGUUUACCCACUUGGUGUGAUAGAAGAUGUCCUAGUCAAGAUUGAUAGUUUGGUUAUUCCAUGUGAUUUUUAUAUUCUUGAUAUGGAACAUGAUUCUUGUGAUUCAUCAAACAACACUCCUAUAUUGUUUGGGAGACCAUUCUUGAAAACUGCCAAUACAAAGAUUGAUUGUGGUAAGGAUACUUUGUCUAUGGAGGUAGGAGAUGAAAAAAUUGAAUUUAAUUUUCAUGAUGCAAUGACAUAUCCUUAUAGCAAUGUUUAUUCUAUCACAUGCUAUGACCAAGUUGAUAAGUGUGUACAACAAUUUUGUGAUUUUGAUAGUAAGGAUGGAUUAAGCGUAGCUUUGAGCUAUGACUAUGAUUUUACGAAGAUAAAACAGAUGGAGAGGCAUAUAUGUGUUCCCCACAGCGUGUUCCAAUCAGCAUUGGCUUUGCAAGCUUUUCAAACUGUCCCCCAUGAUGCAAAAGUCAUUCUCUCCAUCACGGACAGUGAAUGGGUGGCGUCUAUCCUUUUGGUACCCAAAAAGACUGGAACCACGUUUAAAGAGAUACAAAAUGAUGCUUAUGAGAAUGCAAGGAUUUACAAAGAAAAGACUAAUAGUCUUCAUGACCGAAUGAUUACAAGAAAAGAGUUUCAUGUUGAAGACAAAGUCCUUCUUUAUCAUUCAUGUUUGAAACUUUUUCCUGGAAAGUUACGCUCUUGUUGGAUUGGACCAUUUGUUGUUUCUAAUAUUUUUCCUUAUGAUGCAGUUGAAAUUACAAGUUUAGAAACCAACAAAGUAUUCAAGGUCAAUGGGCAUCGCUUGAAACCUUUCUAUGACAGUUGGACGACAGAACUCACCGCUUCUGUGGAGUUAGCUAAACCAAUCUAUGAAGAAUGAACAUGCAACAUGUCAAGCCAAUGACAUAAAAAUAAAAGCGCUUACUGGGAGGCAACCCAACAUAAAAAAAAAAUUUCAGAUUUGCUUUCUUUUUCCCUUAUCUUUUAUUUUUCGUAUUUUACUUUAUCUUUGUCAUUCUCUUAUAUUCCUUUUCUUUUAUUUCAACAUUGAGGACAAUGUUGUAUUUUAAGUGUGGGGGUAUUGGGAGAAUUUUUGUUUUCUUAUUUUCAUUUUCUUUGUUAUCUUAAAAAAAAAAUUAUGUUUGAUCUUUAGAACUCCUAUUGAUUUUUGAGAAUACGAGUAUUAUGUAUGAGAAUUAGUUGAGAUAGAUAAAGAUAUAAAUCAAAUGAAUGAGUGUGCAUGAAAAUUUUAAACAUUUAAUUGCUUUAAGGAUUGACUUUGAGAAUAUGCCAUGUUGACUUUAUAGUGUUAUACCAAUGCAAGCUUUUGAGCCUUCAACAUUAUAUUUUUUUUAUUGUGCAUUCUUUCAAUGAUAUGUAUCUCUAGAACUUGCUUCAUAUCUUGUUGAGAUUACAUUCGCAUUACAUAUAUACAUGAAGAUGAUAAAGACAUUAGAAAUUUUAACCACUUGAGCCAAAAAGCCAACCUAAAGCAAAUUGUCCUUAGUAAACCCCUUUUGAGCUUGUUUAUCUUUUCUUUGCUUUAUCCAUGUAUAAGCCUUAACUUUUUAUAUGUUUUCCUUUUCCCCUGGCCAAGGAUUAGUAGAGCAUAUACUUGUGAUAUCUCAUGGAAUUAUGGUUGGAAAUAAUGUGAAAAGAAAGAAGAAGUGAUGCUUGAUGAAAAGAUGGGCAAAGUUGCCAA